AUGGCCAGCAACCCGCAGGCGCAGCCGCCGCCGCCCGCGCCGCCCCCGCCGCCGCCGCAGCCGCCGCCGCCGCCGCCGGGCCCCGGGGUGGGCCCUGGCGCCAGCGGGCCCGGCGGCGCGGGCGCGGGCGCGGGGGACCCGCAGCUCGUGGCCAUGAUCGUCAACCACCUCAAGAGCCAGGGCCUCUUCGACCAGUUCCGCAGGGACUGCCUGGCCGACGUGGACACCAAGCCUGCUUAUCAGAAUUUGAGACAGCGUGUUGACAACUUUGUGGCAAACCACUUAGCAACUCAUACCUGGAGUCCUCACCUAAAUAAGAACCAGCUGAGGAACAAUAUUCGCCAACAGGUGCUCAAAUCAGGAAUGUUGGAGUCUGGCAUUGACCGAAUUAUCUCUCAGGUGGUGGACCCAAAGAUCAACCACACCUUCCGGCCUCAGGUGGAGAAGGCCGUGCACGAGUUCUUGGCCACACUGAAUCACAAGGAGGAAGCCAGCGGCAGCGCUGCUCCCGAGGAGGAGAAGGCCGAGAGCGUGGUCGUUCCCCAAGGUGUUCCCACCCCAGGGCCCAGUGCGACUGUGGCCAGUGAUGCUAUGUCCAUCCUGGAGACCAUCACUUCUCUGAACCAGGAGGCCAGCGCGGCCAGGGCCUCCACAGAGGCCUCUAAUGUCAAGAGUAGCGAGAGAGUCUCCAAAAAGCUCCCGUCUCAGCCAAGCAUGGAGAGCAAUACAGAUCGAGAAAGAACCGCAGACGACGUGGCUGACAGAGAAAAGUCUACACCCGACUCUGUCGGGGAAGGCCACGAAGCAGCCCCGAAGAUGGAAGAGCUGAAUGAUCUCCCCACUGAGGAAACGAAAAAUCACAUGAAAGAGAGUAAUUUGUCAGUGCCGCUGAAUAAGGAUGUCCCACAGGAAAGCAGUGACCAAAAAAGUAAGUCAGCAGACAAGGGUGACAAGAAACUAGACAGUGGUGAAAAAGAAAGAAAGAAAGAAAAGAAGGAAAAGACAGAGAAGAAAUUUGAGCACUCAAAAAGAAGUGAAGAUGUCCAAAAAGUAAAAGAUGAGAAACAAGCAAAGGAGAAGGAAGUAGAGUUGUCACGACUUCCUUCGGAAAAGAACAGCAAUAAAUCGAAAACGGCUGAAGGGAGUAAAGAAGAUUGUUCUCUGAUAGACUCUGAUGUGGAUGGACUUACAGACAUCACUGUUAGCUCAGUGCAUACCAGCGACCUUUCGUCUUUCGAAGAAGAUUCUGAGGAGGAAGUAGUACUAUCUGAUAGUAUGGAAGAAGGCGAAAUCACGUCCGAUGAUGAAGAGAAGAGCAAGCAGAGUAAGGCCAAAACGCAGACCAGCGACCCUGGGGAGGGGAAGGCGAAAAGUGUGCGGCAGGCCUAUGUUCACAAACCCUACCUGUACUCCAAGUACUACAGCGACUCUGACGACGAGCUCACCGUGGAACAGCGGCGGCAGUCGAUCGCUAAAGAAAAAGAAGAGAGACUUUUAAGGAGGCAAAUUAACAGAGAGAAACUUGAAGAAAAACGAAAACAGAAAGCAGAAAAAACAAAGUCUUCAAAAGCUAAGAGCCAAGGCAAAAGUAAUGUAGACUUAGAAGAAUCAUCCAAGAAUUUGGAACCUAAAGCCCCUGGAAUAAAAGAAGUUCUUAAAGAGCGGAAAGUUUUGGAAAAAAAGGUAGCCUUGAGCAAGAAAAGGAAAAAAGAUUCAAGGAAUGUUGAAGAGAAUUCGAAAAAGAAACAGCAAUCUGAAGAGGACUCCAAAGAAACACUCAAAACCACUGAGCAUUGUGAAAAGGAAAAGAUGUCUUCAAAGGAAUUGAAGCAUGUCUAUGCAAAAACUGAGCCAAGUAAACCUGCCCGGAGACUUUCAGAGUCUUUACAUUCAGCUGAUGAAAACAAAAAUGAAAGAGAACAUAAGAGACGAACAUCUACCCCAGUCCUGGUAGAAGCAGCACAAGAAGAGACUGACCCUAGAGAUGGGAAAAAGCAAGUGGAAUGCUCAGAAAUUAGCCAGGAAGAAACCCAGAAACAGAGAAGCACUUUUAAAAAUGAAAAGCAUCUGAAGAAAGAUGAUUCUGAAACACCACAUUUGAAGAGCCUACCUAGAAAAGAGGCAAAAUCCUCUUCUAAGGAAAAGUCUGAAAAGGAGAAAAGUGUGUCAGAGGACAAACCACCUGUGAAGCAUAAAUACAAAGGGGAUAGUGUGAACAAAACAGGGGAUGAGACUGAGCCUCAUGCCUCUGAGAAAGGCCUCAAAGUGGACGAGAGUGUUCAGAAGCAAAGUCAGCCAACAAAGCUUUCUUCAGACGAUAAAGCUGAACGAAAAAGUAAACACAGGAAUGAAAGGAAAUUGUCAGUUUUAGGCAAAGAUGGAAAGCCCGUUUCUGAGUAUCUCAUAAAGACAGACGAGAAUGUUCGUAAAGAAAACAAAAAAGAGAGGCACAUGUCAACCGAAAAAACUAAGACAGAACAUAAAUCAAGAAGACUGAGUGAUUCUAAAAUUCAGAAGGACUCACUGAGUUCCAGACAACAUGGUGUCCCAUUACAGAGAAGAAGUGAGAGUUAUUCAGAGGAUAAGUGUGAAACUGACUUGACUAGUUUAGGUAGUAAUGUGAAACCAGAGGAGGCCAUUCACAAGGAGAAACGAAGAACAAAGAGCUUGGUCGAAGAGAAACUCACGUUCAAGUCCAAAUCCAAAAGUCAAGGCAAAUUGUUAAAAGUAGUUGAAACAGAAUUACAAGAAAGUGUCUCCAGACAGGCAACCACCUCAAAACUAGACAAGGAGAAGAGCACAGAGGAAAGUGACCCAGACAGACAGUGGAAGUCUAAAGUGGAGGAUAAACCUGAGGAGACUGGUACUGAACCCAUGUUAGAGAGUUCUGCCUCUUCAGCUCAUGGUACCCAAAAGGAUACUAGUCAUCGUGCCAAGCUACCAUUGGCAAAGGAGAAGUACAAGGGAGAGAAGGACUCCAGCUCUUCCCGCCCGGAGAGAAGGUUAUCUGAUGGACACAAAAGCAGAAGCCUAAAACAUAGUAGCAAAGAUGUGAGAAAGAAGGAAGAAAAUAAGUUAGAUGACCGGGAUGGUAAAGAGGUUGAUGGUAAUCAUGAGAAGGCGAGAGGGAAUAGUUCAGUCGCGGAAAAGAAAUCAAGUAGAAGGUUAUGUGAAAAUCGAAGAGGAAGUUUAUCCCAGGAAAUUGCCAAAGGAGAAGAGAAACUAUCAGUGAACACACUGAACACGUCCUCUCUUCAUAGACCGAAGAAAAGUGGUGAGACCACAUUGAUCCCUGAGCAAGAGCCAAUGGAAACUGAUACUGAGCUGGCCACUGAAAAUUUAUGUGAAGUGUCUAAAACUCAAGACAACAGCAGUAAUGCUUCUCAGCAAGACAUCGACUCUGAAAAUGUCACAAAACAAAAAGCAGCUGCCACAGUUCCAAAGGAAGAACUAAGAACUUCCUCAGGUGAUACAAAAACAGUCACUCCAGCCAGUAAAUCCAGACAUGGAGCAGGACUUGUUAGUAAUUCUGAGAAGCACACUGACCAUAAAAGCUCCCAGACCAGGAAAGUCCACACCCAGAGUGCUGUGUCAAAACCGAACCCUGUGGAGAAGGAAGCCUCUCAGUCUGGAACUCAUGACACACAUGCAGACCUGCAGCCUAGUCCUCGAGUGCUCCCUCGUGUUCCUUCAGGGAAUGGGAGGACACAGAAGAGUGUGAAAAACACAGUCAGACCCACGGAAGAGCGUGUCACUCCACGAGAACCUGCUCUCGAACAUUCCACAAGUAUAGAUUGCUCACCACAGCUGAAUUCAGGGACCCUUGCAGCUCAGACACAGUCUCCCGAUGCAGAUGUUACUCCUUUAACCGACAAACAAUCUGCUGUAGAAGGUGGCAGAGCCACUGCCUCCCCUAUGAACUCUGAAAUUCAUAACCAGAGUUUGACUCUUGGGGAAUCAGAAGUCCCCAGGACACAGGAUAGCAAAGUCGGUGGUGCCAUUUCCACCAGAGAGACAUCGGCAAAAACAGGUUUGGACAGCAAAAGACACAGUCCAGAAGGUUGCCAGGCAGCUUCACCGCUUAGUAAGCAAGGAAAAGUGAGCACGUCUCUUGGUAGUGAGUUAACAGGCUCCAUUGAGGAAGAUGGGAAUGCUGACAAAGAUGGCAGCUCUGUGGACAGGGCAGAGAAAAAAUGUGACCUCAGCACAGAGCCCCAUUCUAAGCAGACAGUUGGAGCCACAGUCGAGAAUGGAAGGAAGGAUGGUGUAGCCGCUGAUUGUGUGGUAGGCAGGAGCACAGAAAGAGGUGUUGGAACUGUUGAACGUAAGGAGAAUCGAGACCCAAGUGAAGUAGGCAACACAUCAGCUGAAGCUGAAAGAAGGAACGGAAGUAGUGAAGUGGAUACCAGUGCCGGAAAUGACAUGGCACCCCCUGUCUCACACCAGACAAAUGGAGAAGCCAAGCAUGUGCCGGCCAGGUGUGUGGGAGCAGAAAAGACUCCUGUUGCCACGAGCACUGAGGGGAAAAUGAAGGAUGUCACCUCAAACCUAGCAAAGGCUGGAGAUGCCUCAACCACUUCUUCAGAAACAGGAGAGGGGAAGGGGCCUGUCCCCUGCACAAGCAUCGAAGCUGAUGAAGGCGUCGUAGCCGAUGCGGGUCCCGUCCCUCCUGUAGGGGCAGAGGCCAGCAGAGGAACUGUGUUUGCUGCAGCUGAGGAAGGUGGGGCGUUUGUGACAGAAGGCCUUGCUGAAAGCGAGACUUUCCUCACAAGCACCAAGGAAGGAGAAAGCGGGGAGUGUUCUGCAGCUGAGUCUGGAGGGAGAGUAGAAGAGCCAGCACCUGCUCAUACUGUCACAGCUGAAGACAACAUCAGUGCAGUGACUGAGGAGAAAGAUGAUGCUGUGACGAGUGCAGGCUCUGAGGAGAAAUGUGAUGGCUCUUCAAGUCAAGACUCAGAAGUCGCUGAAGGAGCUGUUGCCUUCAUUAGUGAGGUUGAGAGUGACGGGGCAGUAACAAGUGCUGGGACAGAGAUAAGAACAGGCUCUGUCAGCAGUGAGGUCGAUGGGUCCCAGAGAGACGUGGCAAGAAUGGGCCCCAAGAAAGAAACUGACGGGGCAGUGACUUGUACCAGAGCAGAGAGGAGAGGUGGGAAUUUUGUGAUGUGCUCAGUGAUGGGUGCAGAGCCCCCAGAGGAGCUCAUGGUUACAGGGGCAGCUGCGGUCCUGGUGGACAACAACGAGCCUCUGGGAGCAGGUGCCCCACAGGGACAAGACGGCCCUGCCACUGAUGGCACUGAAGGCGAAAGUGCCGUCACCAGUACAGGGAUCACAGAAGACAGCGAGGGGCCUGCAAGCUGCACAGGCUUGGAAGAGAAUAAUGAAGGUUUUCCUCGGAGUUCUGAGUCCGAGGGAAACGGCGAGAGUGCUAUGGACAGCACAGCUGCUGAAGAAGUCACUGAUGCCCCAUUGGUUGCUACUGGUCUGUGUGACGAUGAAGGUGUUGUGACCAGCACGGGUGCCAAAGAGGAAGACGACGAGGGUGAGGGUGUGGUGACGAGCACUGGCAGAGGAAAUGAAGUUGGGCAUGCUUCCACCUGCACAGGGGUAGAAGAGGGUGACGGGGGCAUGAUUUGUGAAAGUGCAGAAGAAGGGGUUGGCCAGGCUGGGACUGCAGCAGGGCACGUGGAGGCAGAGGCCGGGGCGGCCGUCACAAACGUGAACGAGAGUAACAUUGAUAGCCUGAGCGGUGCAGAGAAGGAAGAGAAAGAUCCAGAGAUCUGUUCGAGCGCGAAGGGGGUGGUCGAGAGCAGCGUGACCAGUGCAGCCCCAGGGAAGGGGGAAGCAGUGGGUGUGGCUGGAGCGUCUGAGGGUCCCAUGACUAGCGCUGCUUCCGAUGAAAGGGACAGUCAGCUCUCUGGAACAGGAAGACUUGAGGAGGCAGCCAUUUCCACAGGCCUUGUGGGGGGUAGCUACAAGGUCCUUGUGUCCGGUGCUGGCCCAGUCUGUGAGGUUGGUGACACAUUGCCCAGAGAGAAAGAAGAUGAAGGGGCCAUCACCUCUGCGGACAAUGAAGACUGUGAUGGCCUUGUGGCUACUAUAACCCGUGACACUGUGGCCAACCAAACUCAUGCAGCUGGGGGCCAAACGCAGGGCAAAGGCUUGGUUAUUUCUACCAGUACAAUGCAUGAUUACACCACUCAGUUGGGCCAGAUUAUUAAUGUGGAGGAAAGUCAUCCGUGUGUUCUGAGCACUGAGCCAAAGGGGGAAGGCACCCGUGGGCGUGUGGAAGAAUUUGAGGCUCCCAUGCCCAGUGCAGUUUCGGGAGCCGAGAACCAAAGCACCGUGCUGAGAAACGAGGAGAAAGAUGAAUGUGCCAUGAUCUCCACCAGUAUAAGAGAAGAAUUUGACAUGCCCAUAUCCAGCGCCAUGACUGUCAAGUGUGCUGAAAGGCAGCAGCUGGAAGCUGCCGUUGAAGAAAGGGUUGAAGGUCUGGCCCUGGUCAGCACGGACGACUUUGAGGUGCCUAUGCCCAGCGCACCCACGGAACCCAAAAGUCCGCUCGCCUCCACCAGCAAGGAGGAGAAAGACGAGUGUGCCCUCAUCUCCACCAGCAUUGCAGAGGGGUGUGAGGCCUCUGUCUCAGGUGUUGCCAUCCAGAGCAAAAACGCGUGCUUGGUGGGCAUCCUGGAAGAAAAGGAUGGCAGUGCUGUCAUCUCCACAAGCUCAGGAGAAGACUCUGAGGGUCCCGUGUCCAGUGCUGCCCUCCAGGAAGAAGGCCACCCAUCAGUCAUGCCGACCGAAGAGACCAGUGAUGCCACCCUGAUCUCCACGAGCACGUCCGAAGGCUGUGAAGCUGUCAUGAGCGGGGCUGCCUCGCAGGACGGGACUCAGCCCACCGCUCAGAGAGCGGAGGACUCAGGUGAUUCCGCCAUCAUCUCCACCAGCACGGCCGAAUGUGUGCUGGCCGCUGCUGGUGUGGACAGGCACACAGACAGGUAUAGUCCUGCUGCAGGUGAACAAGAAGGCGACCCAUCCACUGUAAGAGCUGGCAGGUGUGAGGUCCCCAUGCCCAGCCACGUGGCUGAGAACAGCCGUCGGCAUCCUGGGCCCAUCACAGGAGAAGUGGGCAGUGCGGGAGCUGUGGACCACAAGGAGGGGCGGAAUGGGGCAGUGGUCAGUGAGCUCCCCGCAGGGGGAGACCAGCUAAGCCCUGAGACGGAGAGGUGCUCCAGAGAGCCCCAGGAUGAGAAUAAGUCCCUCAGCACAGCAGAGAAGACCCCCCUGAGUUCUGUUGAAAGGGAAAAGGUGUCAGAGGCAGAGACUCUGUGGGACAGUGCGUUGGCAGUCCUGGGGAGCAGCGCCAACUCCUCCAUGGGGCCAAGAAGGACGGAGCAGACUCCCCGGCUGGUCACUGAGGAUCCUGAUCUGGGUCCUCGCCAAGUGACAGCAGUAAAUACUGGUGCUACGAACGCUGGUGAUGCACCACACGUCAGCCAGGCUGCCUUAGAGGGGUCCUUACUUCCCCUAGCCCAGCAGGAGCCUGGGGGCCAGGUGAGAACCCCCACUGAAUCUAGUAAUGGCCAAGAAUCAGCCAUGACCACAAUUCCCAAAGUCGCCAACAGUGAAGCUCCGUCAGCCGCGAACUAUGAGGCAAGUUUAAUGCCAAAGCAUGGACCGAGAGAUGCUGUGACCAAAUUAGUCCAGGAGGAACUAGACCUCCAACGCACCGUCUCUUUUGAAGGAAGUUUGAGUGAAGCAGGCAAUGAAGAGGCACAAUUGACUGUUUUGGGAAGCUCGAAACAGAAAACAGCAUUGAAACCUGAGAUAUGUGUCCCAUCAAAGAACGAGAGAAAUAAUGACACUCUAGCACCGGGCGGAAGAACGUCACAUGGGACCGCUGAAAUGCAGAGCAAAUCUCCGCCGGCGAGUGAGUCCCUCAGUGUUGAGAAUUCAGGUUCACAGACAACUGAAGAAGUUCAGAAUGACUCUUGUGACAAAGGAGAGAUACCCAGUGGCAGCAAAGAGAACCCAGAAGCCCACAGAGAGUGUACUGCCGAGGCACAUUCAAAACAGGUUGAAGAGGAAGAAAAACUUACACUUAAAAGAAAAAGAAAGAAGCUCUGCCUCUCUUCAGAAGAUGAACUGGAUGAUGCUCCAGAUAUCCUGGCUUCCGGAAGAGAAACAGUACAGAAACAGUGUUCCGAGAUGGACCCACAAGAUACAAGGGAUGAGAAUUCUGGAGAUCUGGAUGAAUUAUCUAAAAUAAGUUCCAAAGCAAGCAGCACUGCUUCAGGAACCCUGGAAGAAAAGGAUGAAUACAGCAGCAGUGAUGCCGCUGGCGAGAAGACCGAGCCAAAUGACGACGAUAACAUAAAAUCUCAGGAGGAAGAUCAACCAAUAAUUAUUAAAAGGAAGAGGGGGAGGCCUCGCAAAUACCCUGUAGACGCAGCAUUAAAAUCAAAAGAAGACUGCAAAGCAGAUUCUGGCAUUGUCACUGCUGAACAAUCUCCAGCCGGCAGCAAACCCAAAGCCGUGCAGACAGAUGAGUCCAAUAAAGAAGCGGCCAGCCUACAAGAAAGAAGUGUCAGCAAUGAUGACGAUGAGAAGACCAUCGCAAGCGUGCGUCGGAGAGGCCGCAAGCCCAAGCGCCCGCCCACCCUCUCAGACGACGCUGAAUCCUCAGAGCCAGAGAGGAAACGCCAGAAAUCAGCUUCUGAGAGCACGGAGGAUAAGAAAGACCAGGAUUCAGAAGAAGAUGAGGAGGAGGAGGAGGACGAGGAGCCCUCAGGAGCCACCACCCGCUCCACCACCAGAUCGGAGGCCCAGAGAUCCAAGGCACAGCUCUCCCCAUCCACCAAGCGCCGGCGAGAGGCCAGCCCUCCCGGGGCUCGCACCCGUGGCCAGCAGAGAGUGGAGGAGGCCCCCGCGAAGAAGGCCAAGCGGUAACCCCGAGCACAGAGAGCCGGGGGCCCAGGCGUGUGCUCUCUGCCUCCCAAGCCCUGGUCUCCAGGGUAGAGACACGCGUUCAGGCGGAGGAGAGUAAGCCUGCCGUGUCUCUGGCUCAACAGAGGAGUUGCCAGUUUAACAUUCAGGGUCGGGGCUCCCCACGUGACACGUCUGAUGUGAACUCCUCAGCCCCCAGCCGCCACCUCCCGGCGGAAUCCUGUGUACAGUAUAGAAACCUGUAAAAAUAGGCUGUAUUUUACUCCAUGUACUAUGCUAAUCAAUGGACACUAUUUAUUUUACAGAGAAAACAUAUCUGUGAUCUUUACUAUAUAUCUGUUUAUUUUAUUUUUCUUUUUUAAAUAAAAAGGUUUUAAAUGCGCCGCAGUCAUAUUCAUAGGACUGUUGUAGGACUCAGCCUGCCCCUGACCACGACCCUCCCAGUGUGACCCCGCAGGACACACAGAACCUUCUCGCAUGUAUGCCAGUGCAGUAGUCUAGCUGAAUAAAGCGGCUCCGUGCCCUGCUGCUCCUGGGUGGCUCCCCAGUUG